AUGAAAUUCAAUUACGUUGCCGUAUUUUCGACCCUUCUCAUUGCCAGUACGUUGGCAGUUCCAACUCCAAUUUCACAAGAUAUCGUUAAAGGUGUGAAAAAGGCGAAGGCGGAUUCUGUUACUUUUGAAGAUAAGAAAAGGGAAACUGUUGAAAAUGUUGAAGAUAGAGCAAGAACUUCUAUUCACAAUCUGAGAAAAGCUUCUGUUGUCAAGAAAAGAGAGAUUAAAGAUAAAAAAAGAGAAGCUGUUGAAAAUGUUGAAGAUAAAGCAAGAGCUUCUAGUAACGCUUCGAAAAAAGCUUCUGUUGUUAAGGAAAGAGAGAUUAAAGAUACAAAAAGAGAGGCUGUAGAAAAUGUUGAAGAUAGAGCGAGAACUUCUAUUAACGGUUUGAAAAAAGAUUCUGGUGUUAAGGAAAGAGAGAUUAAAGAUACAAAAAGAGAAGCUGUUGAAAAUGCUUCUGUUGUUACGGAAAGAGAGAUUAAAGAUACAAAAAGGGAAGCUGUUGAAAAUGUUGAAGAUAAAGCAAGAAUUUCUAUUAACAGGGCGGGAAGGGGACAAUAG